AGAGAAAGUGGUUGAUUUGAGGAGAUUGAACCGUUGGUCCCUGUCUUCUUAGAGGUGUUCAAAUCCCAUUCUGGAUGUUUAUGCAUGCGGGUCUGAAAGGUCCGACAGAAACCAGAAGGAUCAUCGCAGCCGCCAUUGAAUCAGAAGGGGAGCGCGAAGCAGCUGAAACAGAGCAGUCCCCUAACGGCUCACCAUCACGUGGCUGGACGCGGAGGGGCUGGGCUGGGGUCAGGUGACGCGGGCGGAAGCGCUCGCGCGGAGCGGAGGUGAGGCAGUUCGAGCGGGGAAGCUGUUGAGAUCAGGCUCGUGGCAACAACGGUCUCCGAUGGCGUAUCAUUACCGGCCGCAGCAACCGGCCAACAACGGCCUCCCCGACCAAGGCUUCCUGUGGAAUGUCUUCCAGAGGUACACGGCAUCUCGAUUACGGGAGGCGCGGAACGUUAUUCUUUUUGCCACUAAUCUUUUUCAAGGGUACCGUCUGUCAGACCAGUUCUACCAUGUCCUCCUUAAUAAAUUUGACCGACAAGGACGAGGACAGGUAGCCUUUGAUGAUUUUAUUCAGUGCUGCAUUGUCUUGCAGAGACUGACUGACUUAUUCAGGCGAUAUGAUACUGACCAGGAUGGCUGGAUUCAAAUUUCGUAUGAACAGUACCUCAACAUGGUCUUCACUGUCCUAUAAAUGUUUAAUACUUUAUAAACCUUUGACUAUAGCCAACUUUUGAGUCAGGUGAUUGCUGCAGAUUAUCAUAUCACAACUUAGACUUAAUUGAGAACACGAAAGUUAAAUACUGAUGUAAAUCUUAAAGGCAUAAUAUGCAAGAAAAUGUUGACCAAUUUCUUUUUAUAAAAUGAAGACAUUUAACUCCUUUAAUAUUUGGUAAUUGCUUUUUGCAUGCAGAUGUGCCAUACAAUAUCCUGUUGCAUCUGUAACAAAUGAGUUGAUUAACUAUUUUAGAUAUAUAAUAGCCAAGCCCAUCUAGAGCAGGAAAAGCUUUUAGUUAUGCAUGGUGCCUUAUGAAAUUAACUGUAAUGAUGCAUCAUUAAGUUAAGUUUAAAGUAUUUAGUCCAAACUGAGUAAAUCUGUAAACCUAGGCAAGCUGUGCCCUGGUAAAUUUAGUUGUUUCAUUUUAAAUGCCUAACAUUCUUUGUAAUUUAUAUUAAACAAAAUUAUGUUAAUAGUUUUGAUGAAAUUGUAAUGGGUAUCUGGUUAAAGCAUCAUGUAAUAUGCACAGACCUGAGGUUUUUGUACUUAGCAGGGGAAAUGCCAUUUAUGAAACUUGGUCUUGUAUACACAAUGAUCUAAACAAGUAGAAGUGGUGCCAAAUAUUUGUCUACUGUAACAUUUAUAAUGCUAACAGUAAUUCAAAGUGAAAUAAAUCUUUCUUUUGUUAUCUGAA